GUGUAUGUAACAUGCAUGCAAUUGUACUGUCCAUAUGUUUUCGUACACGUAUUCUUAUGCUUGCCAAGAUCAAUGGUGAUUGAUAGAAGUGGAUAAAUUACAGUCCAUUUGUGAGCAAAGAAAGAACUCAUUUAUUGAGGAAAGUGUAGAGUACUUUAGGAGACAAGGAAGAACUGGUAUUAUGUCAAGUGAACGUGGAGAAAAUGUGGUUGAGGAGGAGCCGUGCAAAGUAGAUAAGUGGAAUGGAACAGCUGUAAAGAAUGCCUUGGAUGAUGACAUCAGGAGGAUUUUCACCAAGGUGUUUGAAUAUGAUGAGAACCAUUCCUUGAUUGAUAACCGUCUGCGCUUAUGCAGUGUCGCCUGUAUGUUUGCCAUCGUAGCCCUCAUCUACGACUACCUUAAACCAUUCCCGGAAUCAAGAUCUGUCCUUGCCUUCUGUGUCCUAGCUUAUUUUGGCAUGAUGUCAUUGUUGACCCUGUAUACAACCAUGGUAGAGAAGAACCAUUUCCUGGUGACGAAUCAGAAGGAUGCUGCCGGUAUCGACCCCAGUGAUACCUGGUGCUGCGACUCCUAUAUGAAGAGGUUCGACGAUGAAUACAAUCUGGUUCUCCAGUUUGAAGACGGCAAAACAAAGGAGAAGAGAGAAAGCAGCAUCACCAAAUCUGUCGGUUCGUGGUUUGACGAGAACGGAUUGCUUCUUCACGAGCUUUUCCAAAAUGAUGUUUGUAAGCUGCACAGUAGUCUACUGGCCGAGAAGAAAGACAAGUAGUGCUCCUUUUUUCUUCCCUUUUUUUCUUCAUAUUAACCCUUUGCCACUGGGAACCGAGUCGUUCCAGUAUUAAGCCUAUAGGAAUGUGCCAUUUCGGCAGUCAAUGCAAAGGUGAAUUUCAUGUUUGAAUGUCGCUGAUGUUAGGGUUGGUCUCUCUUUCUUUCUGUUACUUGAGGUAAAUGUUAUGUUAAGUUAUAAGUGGUUUCUUUUUCUUCAAAUUUUACACAUGAAAUAUUCCACAUUUAUAUCAUAUUCAGUUCACAUUUUCAAUCUAAUGUUUAUCUUAUAUUGUCUGAAGUAUGUGUUUUUUUCAAGUUGGUUUUAAUAGAAGCAGAAAAAUGAAAGGAACAUGACUGAAAGUUUGAGCAAUUUCCAAUUAAAAAUAAGAAAGUUUUUAAUAUUUGAAGGGGCAAUCACUGAUGACAACUUUUAAAAUUCUUAACUUUCCUAUUUUUUAAUCGGAUAUUGCUCAAACUUUCACUAAUAUGUUUCUCUCAUUAUUUCUGCUUCUACUAAAACCAACUUAAUAUCAGGGUGGACUUCCCCUUUAAUAUUUGUGCCACUCAUUGGCAUUUUAUUUGAAUCAGUUAGCGGUGCCUGCUCCGGUAUGAUAUACAAGGUUACAAUGGAGAGAAACUAUUCCAAGAAAUCAUCCGUCAUCUUCACAGAAUUUGAUAUUUUAUCUCACACAUGCUAAAAUAGGGUAUAUAUACAUGCAGAUUGCACAGUAGCAUAGUGUAGAAAAGGUUCAGCUAUUUUAAUUCAUUUUAAUGCAUGAUUAUUAAGUGUACAUGUACCAGAUAUGUAGAAUACUAGACUACUAUUUGGAUAUUUUUUUUCUCACAACUACCUUACACACAAUUUGGGUAUGAACAAUUAUCCGGUAUGCUGUUGGCUGCGUUAUUGUGAAUGAGUUUUUCCGUCUCUCUCCCUUGCUUUGAUUGUGGGAAAUAGAUUUGACCUUUUCUUGAAGUCUGUAUCAGACUUACAUUUACUUUUUCUGUAUCCACCAGCCCUGCCCCCACCCCUAAAAAAAAAAUAAUACAUCUAAUAAGAUGGAGAUAAGCAGGCAUAUGAAUUAUGAAAAAGCUUUUUGUUUUUAGCCAAUUUACAUACACCUACAUUGCUCAAGUCUGUACAUUAUACAUGUCUACAAGAGUGUGGUACAUUUGUUUUGUUUGUCAAUAAAUUGUUACUCAAUUUCACAAUUUGA